UGCCGUACUCAUAGCACCACUCACUCAUAACGACUCGGUAAAGAGAGCGCUCGUGUCUCCAUUGCUACCCGAAUAACGGUUUGGAGUCAAACUUGCGUUACAUAUUUCUCAAAUAUACCGUGACUUACACGCGCUUGGCGUCAUUUGUUUUCCACCAUUCCCUCCACGCACUGCUCCGAUCUUGAUAAGGUACAAGUUACAUUUCGAUUCCUUGGUGCUAUCAAACAGUCAGCAAAGCUGCACUCAUUGGCAUACACCUCUCCUAUUCGGCAACCAGCAGUGAUUAGAGGACCUGCGAUUGGUCCUCAUGGAAGAAUCACGAUGGUAGCACUACUACCGGCUACAGACAUAAAUCAAUUUGUCCAAACCCUCAGGCUGGGUGUCGCGGGUGAUGUCUUCCAUACUUUAUAGAUUGGUUUCAGGGCAGACAGGACUCGAGUCUCUCUUUUUUUCUUUUUUUCUUUUUUUCUUUUUUUCUUUUUUUUGGACAAGGAUAUCAUCUCACGUAUCUUCUUUGAUAGUUAGAACCGGAUGCAUUCAUAUCUCGUUUCCCGCUUACUUAUGCAAUUUAUACAAUCUUCAUCAUUUCCUUGUUCCUUCUUUCCCAGCUUCGGGCCCCUCCGUAGAAUUCCAGUCCCUCAUAGAUCGCAACUUCCGUUGGCGAAACCAGACAAGACAAGACAAGACGGAAAUGACCGAACAAAAUCGAGAGUCUACCCAAAGACACCAACAACAGAAAGUUACACUCGUUUCCUCAUUGAUAUCCGCAUUAUCUAGAGCAUCAUCAUAUCAUCAGUAUCAAUAUCAGAAUCAGAAUCAGAGAUUAUAACCAAAGAAGAAAAAGAAGGAACAGGGAAGCCGAAAAU